UUUGGGAUCUGUGUAUUUAUGAUCACAAAAGAUGUAAGCUGUGGGUUUCUAUACUAAGCUUUGUGAAAUACUUGGGCUCUGUUUGGCUUUCCCUUUUGUAUUAUGGUCUGGAAAUCAUGUCAGGCAGAAGAAAUGUGAAGGAUAUAUCUUUAAAGGGAAAAAUAUAUGUCAAAAUGCCUCAGAUGCAAGCAGACACACCAAAGAUGGAGGCAGACCAAGUGCUACCACCGAAUGUUAGGGAAUCUGAAAUGAGUAUGUCUGAGGAACUUCUCGAAGAUGUCUCAAGUAUUUUCCAGAUUGAAUCGGAAGGUAUAUCAAAGUGGGCAGCCUUAGAUGCAGAAGAUACAGCAUUUAAAUUUCAGGACACUUUGGAAAUGCAUCCAACAGAGGAAUCAGUGAAACUUAUGGAAGGUAGACAGCCAAAAAGAGACUCAAAAGUACCCAAGCAGAUAUCUAUAAAGGUGCAAUCGUCAGAAUUCUUGCAAAUCAGAGGAAAAGAAGUUAAGAGAACACAAAGAAGUAAAUCAGAGACUCCACCACUGAGACGAAAAAAGUUUUUAAAACCCCAAAUAGAUCAGAAACUACUUAAAAAAAUCCCACAGACGCACUCCUCUCCUCAGCUUCACCAUCUAUGCACCACCAUCCCAGCCCGGCAGCUGCCAGUCGACUUGCAGCUGGCCUCUCGCAUGUACCAUACUGCUGACAAGAGAGGCCACAGCACCCCACUUGGAGUCUUUGGACCAUCUUUCCUGUGCGAUCGCUUUGCAGAUACACAUAGAGAUAGAAUACUGUAUGGAAUUCCUGUUAUGGAUGAAAACCAAGAAUCUGUCAGCAUUCCUCCAGUACCAUCAAGGCCGCCUCCUGAGAGAGCACGGAGAACUAGCUGGCGUUUUCACAACCCACACCUGGAACUCCUGGGGCAGGAAAUGUCUGCUUAUCCAGGAUUUAUAAAAAUGUUUUGCAAUCCAGCUGCACCCAAAUUUGCUGUUCCAGAGUCUGUCAUAAAGGAAACCAUAUAUCCACAAUAUGAGAGUGUUCAACUAAGCAAAAUUUUAACUAAGAAAUUUUUAGCUGACAGCAAGGAAAGUGUCAUUCUGUAUGAUAAUAGCAAUUUUAAGUCUUUCUUACUAAGAAAAUGUCUAUCAUUUGAAAAUAUCCAACAUUUAAGUACACCAUCCGUACAACUGAAGAGAGCAAAAUCCGCAGUUGAAUUGAGGAAGAAGGAGGCCAUUGCACCAACAGAAAUCAAGGAUGACAUGCAAAGCAACAUGAAAGCAGUGAUGUUCCAGAAAGCAAAGGCGUUGGAGCACCAGCUUGCUAAGGGAAAUAAAACGGAGGAGCCUCCCACGUCCGUGAAAGAAAAUAUAGACGCCAUCUUAGACACCAUUCAGGAAGAACACAGUUCAGAAGAUCUGUCGCGCUCUCUCGUUGAAGCAUCAAAACAAGAAGGCAUUAGUUACAUUGUUUAUCCCAAGAAAAAGAAGAUGAAAUGGAAGAAAGCACUGAAAUUUGAAAAAUUUACAAUUGUAUGUAAAGAGUUAUCUAAACCUCCAAACUUGCUUACAAGGUCACAAUCUCAAGGAAUACUUCCUGGACAAAAGAAAUAUUUUCUCAAAGUUCCCUUAUAUGAAUGUCUAACUCGGAGUCCCAGCUUACCUAUGGCUCUAGAAUUUGAUAAAUUUGUCAAAAGGAAGGGAGAAAUGGUAAAACAUAGUGACCCUCACAUGCAGGUUUGUGAUACACUCUUUAAGGAUAAACUUCAGAAAACAGCCACAAAGGUUGUUGAAAUGCCUGAAAAGAGAGACCUCCCUGAAAGCACAGAACGGCCACUGAAAGUACAAUUAAAUGAUUCUUUAGAAUGCGAUCUCCCACCAGAGGCCAUAAAACAUUAUGAGUCUGAAGUGGAAAUCUUGACUGAAGAAAUUAAUGAGAGGAAAACGUUGCCUGCAUUUGCAUAUUGUAGACGUGGGGCAAUUUAUAGGAAACUGGGCAAGUUACAGAGUGCCAUGAAUGAUCUACAGGAAGCUAUUCUCUUAGAGCCAUUGUUCCUCAAUGCCUAUUGGCACCGGCAUUUUAUUUAUCUUUUUGAAGACAAAAUUAAUGAGGCUUUGGAUGACUUGAAUUAUAUAAGCAAAUAUAAUAAAAAUAAUGCAGAUGUGUAUUUGUCUAAGGCUGAAAUUUACAGGAAAAACAACAACAUUACUUUGAGUAUUCUAAACUAUACGCAGGCAAUUAAGUGCACACCCACAGAUGCUGAUAUCUAUUUCAGGAGGGGAGAAAUGUAUGAAAAAGAGAACCUAGUACUUGCCAUUGAUGACUUUUCUAAAUGUAUUUUUCAUGACCCCAAAAGAACAGAUGCUUUACUGAAACGUGGGAAGUUUUACUACGAAAAUGAAAACUGGACUUCAGCCAUACAAGAUUUUACAGCUUUGUUAAAUAUAGAGCCGCAAAAUUCUGAAGCAUGGACAUACCGAGGGAAAGCACAUUUUAAAAGGCACCUUUAUAAACAAGCAACUCAAGACUUUUCUAUUGCUAUUCACUUAGAUCCUAAUAAUUGGAUAGCAUUGUAUUAUCGAGCAUGCAUACAUAGAAAGAGUAAUCCUCUUAGAGCGCUACAGGAUUAUAGUGUUUCAGCUCUCAUAAAUAAUGGCUAUGAGAAUCUUAGUUGUUUUCUACAUCGUGGCAUCGUCUACGCACAUCUAAAACUUUGGCUGCUGGCAAUUUGUGAUUUUGAAACCGUCAUUUCCCUCGAAAGAACUUCUACUUUGGCUUAUAUAAAUAUUGGUCUCAUAUAUAUGUUACAUUUGGAUAACUACACUGAAGCCAUUUGGCAUUUUUCGGAGGCUAUUAGAAUUGAUCCUUCAUAUAUUCAGAGCUACAUGUGUAGAGCAGAAGCCUAUUCUAAGUUGCAUAAGUGGAAAAAUGCAGUGAAUGAGUUAUCUCGUGCUAUCCAUCUUCAGCCAGAUGGAAUUCAACUAUAUAUAAUAAGAGGACAAUAUCUUCUUAUGAUGAAAUGUUAUGAUCUUGCAAAGUUUACUAUUUAUCAAGUAGCAGAGAUAAACAAAGGUCUCAUUGGGUUGAGUCCCAUUCAACAAGCACACAUUUAUUCAUUUUGUGAAAACCAUGACAAGGCCAUUCAGGUCUUGGAUGGGAUAUCGUGGCAUAGGUCGGAGAUGACCAUGUUUACAUUAUUAGCAAAAGCCCAAAUGAAGGCCAAGAAAAUCAAGGAAGCUGUGAGUAUGUUUAAGAAGGCCUUAGAAGUCUUUUCACAUUCCGACAAAGGACCAAAUGCUGUAGCUAUUUCAGUAGACUGUCUGCAUAACUUGGGUCUUUGUUACAUGGAGGAAGGCAACUUACAAAUGGCUUUUGAUUGUUUUACAAAAGCUGUGAAGGCAAAUCCUGAUUUUGCAGAAGGCUUCUAUCAACGAGGGCUCUGUAAAGUGAAACUCCAGAGGGAUAACUCGAUUCUGGAUUUUAAUCGUGCAAUUGCUCUCAAUCCAAAACAUUACCAGGCAUAUUUAAGCAGAGUGGCCUUCUAUGGUUUAAAAGGCAGAUACUCAAAAGCAAUUUUGAAUUGUAAUGAGGCCAUCAAAAUUUACCCUCAGAGUGUGCGUGCCUAUCUGUACAGAGGAGUUCUGAAAUACUACAGCAAGAAUUACAAGCUAGCUAUUAGAGAUUUAACUAUAGCUGUCAACAUGGACAAAACCAGUUAUGCAGCAUUUUAUAACAGAGCAUUAUGUUACACCAAGAUAAGGGAACUUCAAAUGGCAUUGAUAGAUUUUGGAAUUGUGCUACUCCUUGAUGCUGCAGAAACUAUAACAUUAAAUACCUUCAUUAAUCGUGGCCUCAUCUACACCGAGCUAGAGCAGUACGGCUUUGCAUUAGAGGAUUUUAAGCAAGCUGCGCUGAUAAGCCAGACUGACGUCAGUCUUUGUCAAGCGACUGCCAUGUGCCAUCACAGAAUUCAAGAAUUCAAAGAAGCUAUCAGUUUCUUUACUCAGGCUCUUAAAAUUAACCCCCUUUUUCUGGACGCUUAUAUUGGAAGGGGGAAUUCUUACAUGGGAUAUGGACAUGAAGCCACCAGAGAAGCACAGAAGGACUUUCUGAAAGCACUGCGUCUUAAUCCGUUAUGCACAAAAGCCAGAAUUAGUCUAUGCUAUAAUUUGCAGGUCCAAGGAAAAUUGCAGAAAGCCUGGAAUCACUUUACCAUCACUAUAGAAGUUGAUCCAAAUUGCUACCUAGCAUAUGAAGGAAGAGCUGUGGUCUGUCUUCAGAUGGGUAUUAAUUUUGCUGCAAUGCAGGAUAUUAAUGCAGCCAUGAAGAUCAAUACUACAGCGGAGUUCUUAACAAAUCGUGGUGUGAUUCAUGAGUUCAUGGGUCAACAACAGAAUGCAAUGAAAGACUAUCAAGCAGCAAUUGCUCUAGACCCCAAGUACUCACUGGCUUACUUUAAUGCCGGAAAUAUCUACUUUCACCACAGGCAGUUUUCUCAGGCCAGCGACUACUACUCAAGGUCUUUAAAGUUUGAUCCAGAAAAUGAAUAUGCUCUCAUGAAUCGAGCUAUUACAAAUACAAUAUUAAAUGACUAUGAAGAAGCAAAAGAAGAUUUUGCAUGUGUAAUUGAGCGCUGUCCCUUUUGGGCUGCAGUGUAUUUUAACAGAGCACAUUUAUACUGCUGCUUAAAGCGAUAUGACCUUGCCGAGGAAGACCUUAGUAGAGCACUGUCUUUGAAGCCUACUGACGUGCUGGUGUAUGACCUCAGAGCAGAAGUUCGUGGUAAAAUGGGUCUGAUAGAAGAAGCGAUGGCUGACUACAACCAAGCACUUGAUCUUGAAGAAUGUGCUUCUGUUCCCUGAGUUUGAAGACCACACUAUGAUUUCCAUGGUGGUUCACAUUUAUGUGGCUGUUCUUCCUCAAACUGAAGUGUAUUUGUCAGGCACUACCUUCUGUAUUAAUUACUUUCUCUCUUCUAUG